CUCAAUCAAAUCGGUCAGAAUGCCCAGCUGUCUGAUGUUCUUCCUGUUCUACGGGUUUAUGCUGAUUGCUGGAAGGGAAAUGGAGUCCAAAGAGGACAAGGCCAACUUUCACACAGAUUUAAUUGAAAGAAAUUCACAGCAAACGGAUCUUAAAGCUGAGAAUGAGAAUGUCUCUUGUAUCCAUAUUUUUGAUGAGCAGGCGGAUCCUUCAACGAAAGUCCGUCUUAAUAGAUUGACUUUUGGUGGACGGAGAGUGACAGAUCACUUGGGGAGAAGAGUUGGGACUAAUUAUCGAAGAAAGUCAAACAAAACAAUAAGAAAUAAUACUCUUCGAGCUUUAAUAAACAAUUAAAA